CUCUAUCUAGAGGCGGCUGCAUGCUUCUUCCCCGUCUUCCUCCUCCUCCCAGUAUAAAAAUGUCUGCGCGAGUCAGCCUACCCUCCCGUGGUCUCCGGUCCGUCGCCCCUCCGAUCCCGUCGUGGUUUUUCUCCUUCCCUUCCUUUCGCCUGAAACAAGUUCGCGGAUUCUGGAAGUUUUAGCUUGCCGCGAUCGCCAUGAGCGACAGUGCGCUUGGAUCUUUUCGGACGGUCUCCGCAUUUUUGUUGCUUUUAUUCUUCACGAUAUGGCCCCCUUUCGUUCGAUCGCAGGACGACGGUAGCUCGGGUUGGUCGAAUCCCCUGGUCGUUUCGACUGCCGUCCAGAUGCUCCGCAGCCGCCUCAACAACCUUACGGACAGCCUUAUCGCUUCCAAUUCUGCCAGGAAGUUGGACUUCUGCAUCUUGGAUCCCCGAAGUGAUUGGGAUGGCGCGUUCAAUUUUUCGUCAAAUGCAUCCUUUUUGGGGUCUUGCUUCGAGUAUACUAAAGGAAAUGCCUUACAGCGUGUCUGUACUGCAAUAGAAGUAGAAUUUUAUUUAAGGAGCGUCUCUGAAGGUAAUGGCUUCAAGCCAAAUAAAAACUGCAACUUGUCUGAUUGGACUCAAGGAUGUGAACCUGGAUGGGCUUGCACUCUAUCUGAAGAUAGGGAAAUUGACCUCAAUGAGUCUAAGGAGAUACCUUUUAGAACUCGUGAUCCUUUGCCUUGUUGUGAAGGAUUCUUCUGCCCUCGGGGCCUUACCUGCAUGAUACCUUGUCCCUUAGGCGCUUAUUGCCCCUUCGCCAAACCCAACACAACAACAGGGCUUUGUGAUCCAUACGGUUACCAGUGGCCACCUGGAAAAGCAACUAACUCAUGUGGUGGAGCAGAUAAGUGGCUUGAUGUUGGAAGCAGUGGUAAUGUGUUCUGUUCAGCGGGGUCAUAUUGUCCUACCACAACAGUAAAGACUCCAUGCAGUAGUGGACAUUACUGCAGGCUGGGUUCCACUACUGAAAAAAGUUGCUUCAAGCUUACUUCUUGUGACCCAAACAGUGCUAAUCAAAAUAUUCAUGCCUACGGAAUCAUGCUCUUUGCUGCAUUGAGUACUUUACUACUAAUUAUUUACAACUGCUCUGAUCAAGUUAUUACUAUUCGAGAAAGAAGGAAUGCUAAAUCUAGGGAAACUGCAGCUAGAAGUGCAAGGGAAACUGCACAAGCUCGUGAAAGAUGGAAAGCAGCAAAGGAGAUUGCCAAGAAGCAUGCAUUGGGCCUGCAGACACAGCUAUCUCGAACAUUUUCUCGCAAGCGUUCUGUCAAGCAGGAGGAACUUAAGAUGCUGCCUCAUUUUAAACCUCCCUCUGAUGCUUCUCCAACAUAUGGGCCUCCAGCUAGUUCUUCCAGUGGGUAUUCUGAGGCAUCAACCUCAAGAAAGAAGGAACCCAGUGCACUUACUAAGAUGAUGCACACUCUUGAAGAUGAUCCUGAUAGCAUUGAAGGCUUUAAUUUAGAAAUUGGUGAUAAGCAUCUCAAGAAAAUGGAAAAACCUAAAAAAAUGAGCACUCGAAGCCAGAUUUUCAACUAUGCAUAUGGGCAAAUUGAAAAAGAAAAGGCGAUGCAGCAGCAACGCAAGAACCUCACAUUCUCAGGGAUAAUUGCCAUGGCGACUGACAGUGAGAUCAGGACUAGGCCUCCAAUUGAGAUUGCUUUCAAAGAUCUUACUCUAACCUUGAAAGGGAAAAAGAGGAAUCUACUACGAUGUGUGACAGGCAAAAUUACGCCUGGCCAUAUUACGGCACUUAUGGGCCCUUCUGGUGCUGGAAAAACAACAUUUCUUAAUGCAAUAGCUGGCAAAGCAACUGGUUGCACAAUAACAGGUGUUAUACUUGUUAAUGGGAGGAUGGACUCUAUACAUUCAUAUAAGAAGAUUAUUGGAUUUGUGCCACAGGAUGAUAUAGUCCAUGGAAACUUGACUGUGGAGGAGAAUCUAUGGUUCAGUGCAAGGUGCAGGUUGCCUGCACAUUUGCCAAAAGCAGAUAAGGUUUUAGUUGUUGAACGGGUUAUUGAGUCGUUGGGGCUGCAGCCUGUGCGGGAUUCUUUGGUUGGCACAGUUGAGAAGCGGGGAAUAUCAGGUGGGCAAAGGAAACGUGUAAAUGUUGGGCUGGAAAUGGUCAUGGAACCUUCAUUAUUGAUCCUAGAUGAACCAACAUCUGGAUUGGACAGUGCAUCAUCCCAGUUACUUCUGAGAGCUCUUCGUCGUGAGGCACUUGAAGGUGUCAAUGUAUGCAUGGUGGUUCACCAGCCAAGCUACACUUUAUUCAGGAUGUUUGAUGAGUUGAUACUUCUAGCAAAAGGUGGCCUGACCGUUUAUCAUGGAUCUGUGAUAAAAGUUGAAGAGUACUUCUUAGGUCUUGGAGUUAGUGUUCCAGAGCGAGUUAAUCCUCCUGAUCAUUUCAUUGACAUUUUGGAGGGUAUAGUGAAACCAAGCCCAAAUUCGGGCUUGGACUACAAACAGCUUCCUGUCCGAUGGAUGUUGCAUAAUGGCUAUCCAAUACCACCAGAUAUGCAGUCCAGGAUUCCUGGCGUGAAUGCAUCUUCACAUGGUGGAGCCUCAUCUAGUGAAGCACAUGCACGUGAUGCUGGAACAAAUACCCAAUCAUUCGCUGGGGAGUUUUGGGAAGAUGUCAAGUCUACAAUGCAGCUUAGGGGUGAUAAAAUACAACACAAUUUCUUGAUAGCCAAGGAUUUGUCUAAUCGCCAAACACCUGGCAUUCUUCAGCAAUAUAAAUAUUUUGUUGGCAGGGUUGGUAAACAGCGACUACGGGAAGCUAGGAUUCAAGCAGUGGACUUCUUGAUUUUGUUACUUGCCGGUGCCUGCUUGGGAACACUUGCUAAAGUGAAUGAUGCAACAUUUGGAGCUGCUGGUUACACAUAUACAAUCAUCGCAGUCUCUUUGUUGUGCAAAAUUGCAGCCUUGAGAUCAUUUUCGCUUGAUAAACUUCAAUAUUGGAGAGAGAGUGCCUCUGGCAUGAGCAGUCUUGCUUAUUUUCUUUCAAAAGAUACAGUCGACCUUUUCAGUGUCAUCGUCAAGCCCGUUAUCUACCUCUCCAUGUUUUAUUUCUUCAGCAAUCCUAGAUCAUCAUUUCUGGACAAUUACAUUGUGCUGCUUGUACUUGUAUACUGUGUGACUGGUAUAGCUUAUGUCUUUGCCGUUGUCCUUGAGCCAGGUCCUGCCCAACUGUGGUCCGUUCUCCUUCCUGUUGUAUUGACUCUCAUAGCAACACAGCGAGGAAGUAGUGGACUUGUAAAAGUGAUAGCAAAAUUAUGCUACCCCAAAUGGGCUCUAGAAGCAUUUGUUAUUGCAAAUGCAAAGAGAUAUUCUGGAGUUUGGCUGAUCACUCGCUGCGGCUCACUUUUGAAUGCUGGAUACGAUCUGCGGAAUUGGCCACUCUGUAUUGCAAUCCUUGUCUUGCAUGGCAUGGUUACUCGUAUACUGGCUUAUGUUUUAAUGGUGACUUUCCAAAAGAAGUAAAUCCAGGUUUACAUUUACUUCCGAUACUCGUAAAUGUUGGAAAGGAGGAAGUCAAUUUUUUGUGGAGCAUGCAUGUGGAGUUGUGCCAUUACAUUGUGGCACUGAAGGCCCCAUCAUAUGUUUGUUGUAUAUUCGUACAUAAAGUUUUGCUCCAGGUCUAUAGGGCCUAUAUAUUUGAAUCUGUACAUUAGAUAUUCUUUUAGGGAGAAAUCAUUGUGAAAUUGACAAGGUUCCAUCAUUUUUUGAUAAUGGAAUUAAAUUUAAUA